AUGGUUAUGAUUCGAAACUCGCACAAGGACGAAAGCAGCACCACGCAGGACUACGAAUCCUCGAGGCAAAACGUUUCCGCGCAAGGAAACACGUCCACUACUGCCACAAGAGACACUUCUUCAGGCUCGUCUAACAACCCAUUCGCUCCCCAAAGAGCAGUGCGUGGCAUUAAGGCUUUUGAUGUCGGCUCCGAGCACAACAGCACUACUCAGGAGCACAGCAGUCAAACUCAAGAGUAUGGUUCGCACCAGAGCCAACACUCCCAGCGCCAAGCACCUGUGUCCAGCUCGUCUGGAGGUAAUGGUCAACCAAGUGAUGAUUCGAGUAGAGGUGCCCAACAGCCUCAUUUUCACCGUGCUGAUGCGCCAGUUGCUGGGGUUCCCGGAGUUCGCAACCAUCAAUCCGGGCCAUCUUUGGAAGAGUCCUCGCAUUCUCAGGGUCACGGAGGCUUCCUGUCGUCAACAGGCCACCAUGAAAGACACGAACAAGGUUCAACGCACCAGGCCAAAUCCCAGGAAAUCUAUGGCCACCAAAGCGGUGCACCUUCCACUAGCGCUCAAGGUAACGACGAUUCGUUAAGAGGCUUCCAGCACACGUCAGGCCACCAGCAUGGAACUGAGCAGGCAGUGCUUGGAACUGCGCCAGUCUCGCACUCUAAACAUACUACCGGGGUGACUUCCGGAGCUAAUCUUGAGCAGGAAACCGGAGCAAGAAACCCUCAACAAGGUCAUACAUCCAAUGAAUCGGCCGGGCAUGACACAAACCGCCCCUCUGACAACUCUUAUUCAAAGUCCACCGAGACCAGAGCGCCUCAGACAGGGCCCCGCACGACUGAGAAGGGAACAUCUUUUAGCACCACACUACCUAUCGGUGCACUUGGACAGGAAAGAUCGACAAGUUCCCCCACUAAUCCAACAGAGUCUUCUGACCAGCACAAGAGGGGUGUUUUCCGGCUGAAGAGCUCAAAGAGUGGGACCGAGACCAGUGGUAAAGAGAGCGAAGGGAGAAAGAACAGCGAGGGAAGGAAAAACAGCUUAAUUCAGGAAGCAAUUGGCCUCAAAAACAAAAUUAACGAACAACGUAAGCACCUUGGUAGAAAGAACUCGUCGGGCGAAUCAGGGCAGAAGACUUCUUCUACUGGAACUGCAAGUGGCGCCCCAGAACCCGGAAUUCGCCAUACUCAAGACCGAGACAGCAGCUUGUCAUCUUCCAACCGCGAACAUAAGCCUUCAAUUCCUGGCUCUUUUACUACAGAACCAGAGAGCGGAGGUCAAUCUUAUGGGACUCAAUUCUCCGGCACUACUGCAGCUGCCGGUGAAUCUAGGACCAGCGGGACAGCGGACACCUCUCGCCACCAAAGGCAAGGCUUGUCUGAACCACAGGAGAUUUCUGAAACUGAGGGUCGUCCUCACGCGCACACUCAAAAGCAGUCUUUGCCUGCCCACUAUAUUAGCGCCAACGAGGUCACAGGGCCAGGUGCUCAGAUUAUAGCGGCUCCAAGUGGUGGACAGAAGCAACAGCCUGGAAAUGAACAAGAACAGCUUUUGGGCAGUGAGCAACAUCGUUUGUUGAGCAGUCACCAAGACCGCCAAACGGGCGGUGAGCGCGGCCAACAUCUAGCUAGUGAGCACAGCCAACAUUUAGGCAGUGAGCACAACCGUCAGCUGGGUAGCGAACACGCUCAGCCCACCCACCACCACCAGAACUUAGGUACCGAGCACAAUCGCUCGUCGGGGAGAGAUACGAGCAGAGGCCAUGAAAUGGGAAAGGUGGAAUCAGGCUUAACAGGUAUUCCGGAGCGUUCCCAUGAUGUUGGCGCUGACGUUCCCCAAGGAGAGGGGCUCAAUUUGUCCCGCGACGAAAAGGCUGGAUAUGAGGAGUACAACCCCUCUGGAAAGGGCAGCAUGGACGCUGAGGCUAGACGCCGCUCUUCUCUUGCUGAAUCUAACGAUUCAUACAAUGAACGGAAUCGCACCAAGAGCAGAAGCAUGAGCCUUGGGACAGGCCCCACGGCAGGUGUUUCAAAGACGCAAUCUGACCAAUCUAACUCGCCAACAAGCCCAACUGAGGGCAACAAGGAGCCCUCCACGCUAACUGGUACGAUCAAGGAUGCUUGGGACGCCGUCACAGGCAAACGUCACACCAGCGAAUCUGAACCUCAGCAAAAGCAAGCGAAGGAAUCUACGGGCAAGCGGUCUUCCGAUGUUGAGAACGAGGGUUUCUCAAGCCGUCAAAAUGAAAACAACACUGGUAUUGGAGGAAAGCCUUUGACCAGAUCUGGAGGUGAAUACGCCACUGGCGUGGGAGAGUCGCACCUUACUCACGAAAGGCCUGAAAAGCCAUCAUCAGCCAUGAAGGGGUCACGGUCCACAAAGCCAGAGGGCGAAACUCAUGGAUAUUCGCAGCGUAAGAAUCAAGGAGAGUCCGCCAACAAGCACUUGGGCGACCUUGAAGGUAGAAAGACCAAAGAAAACCGGUCUUCCGGUUCUCAUCACGAUGAUGUCGACCCAAAGACUAGAUCGUCUGAGACAAGCCAUCCUCAAAUGGAGACAAGGUACGAGAGACACACCACCACCAGUCCUUCGCAAAGCCCACAAGAGGGUAUUCAACGUUAUGAGGAGGAGAACGUUUAUGCUAAGGAGGUGGUUAACAUGCCAAGUUUGGUUGAUCCUUCUCAACCCACAUAUGGAUCUGGCGACAGGAACAGGACAUCGACAAGCGAGACUACUUCUUACGUUACUCACGGCUCCCAGGGAAAGAGAAAUGUGUCUGUGGGAUCUGCGGGCGGCCAUGAGCAGAUGACAGAGCCUUCGCAAAUGCCCGUUGAGAAAAACGAACAUAGUUACGAGGAACGGAUUCCUCGCAGCGAGCGCGAGCGGUUCGAUAAGUUGAAGGAAGAACACAUUGAAAACCGCAACAAAAACGAGCCACACCUUCAGCCAGCAAAGGCUGCUGCCUCUGCUGCGUAUCCUCCAAAGACUCAACAAGGCGCAACUUGA